GCGGCGAACUAGAGCCGCGUGGUUCCCCAGCUGUUGCACGCCGCCUAAUUAAUUCACUUUUUGUUUAUCCAUCGAUCCCACCAAGAUGACUGCAAAUGCCACAAUAGAACUGGCCCUAGAUCGGGUCGACUGGAGGGAUUUGGCGGCCCAUCCGGAAAACCUUCCUCGUGUCUACACGCCCGGCGAAGUGCUGAUGCCGGAGGCUGGUUUCAUGCGAGGCCAUGGAACGUUCGUCGAGGACGAGACCAUCAAGGCCUCUGUGGCUGGCGUGAUCGAGAAGGUUAACAAACUGAUCUCCGUUCGGCCAUUAAAGAGCCGCUACGUGGGUGAGAUCGGCGAUGUGGUAGUGGCCCGGGUCAUUGAGGUCCAACAGAAGCGCUGGCGCGUGGAUACCAACUCGAGGUUGGAUUCGAUUCUGCUGCUCUCGUCCGUGAAUCUGCCGGGUGGAGAGCUCAGGAGGAGAUCGGCAGAGGAUGAGCAGAUGAUGCGGCGGUAUCUGGACGAAGGGGAUCUCAUUUCCGCCGAAGUUCAGAACAUCUUUGAGGAGGGCACUCUAUCGCUCUAUACGCGGAGUUUGAAGUACGGAAAACUGUCCCAGGGCCUGUUGGUCAAGGUCUUUCCCGCCCUCGUCAAGCGACGCAAGAUGCACUUCCACAACUUGCCCUGCGGAGCCUCCGUGAUCCUGGGAAACAACGGCUACAUCUGGAUUGCACCCACAAAGGCGCAAGAGCAGGACGGCGGCGAAGGCGGAUUUGCACAGAAUUUAAACGAACAUGUGCCGCGAAACGAUCGUGAGGUGAUUGCCCGCCUGAGGAACUGUGUCCUGGCCCUGGCCAAGUGCAAGCUAAUGAUCUACGAUACCAGCAUCCAAUACGCUUACGAGGAGUCUCUGAAGUAUGAGGCCCACGAGCUGCUGCAACAGAAUGCCAUCUAUGACAUUGGCGAGCAAACGCAGUCUAGGCUGCGGGACUCGGACGAGUAGGACUUAGAUCAUAAAUAUAUAUUUUCCCACAACA